CUUUUGUUUGAUCAAGCGAAGGCGAAAAGGCCUUCACAUCGGUCCAGGCUGUCUAGCCGCUUUAGGUACGAACUCCAAAGGAAACCCUCACGAUCUUGCUUCGAAGAGUGGCCAUGUCUUCGUUUGUCGCCGCCGAUCUCGGCCGUCUCCUCCCAGCGCUCUCGGCGACGCGAAGAAAUCCUCGACCGGACUCGCCUUCUUUCGGCUCCGCUUCGAAAUUCCUGAUCUCUUUCUCCUCUUCGUUUCGAGGAGCUCCUUCCACUUCUGCGGAAGUCGGCGCAAGGAAUGGGCGUGCGGCUGUCUUGGCGGCGGGCACCAAGCAUCUGAUGGGCUCGUUGUCGAAGACUGAAGGUCUCAAGUUCGCGGUGGUUGUAGCACGGUUUAACGAAAUUGUCACUAACUUACUGUUGGAGGGAGCUCUUGAAACUUUUAGGCGAUAUUCAAUUGAUGAUGAUGAUAUUACCGUUGUUAAAGUUCCUGGAUGCUUUGAAGUUCCAGUUAUCGCUCAAAAACUUGGGAGGUCUGGGAAGUUUGAUGCCAUUUUGUGCAUUGGAGCUGUGAUUAGAGGUGAUACUAGCCACUAUGAUGCUGUGGCAAAUUCAGCUGCAUCUGGAGUACUUAAUGCAGGGUUAUCUUCAGGAGUCCCAUGUAUAUUUGGUGUCCUGACCUGCGAUGAUAUGGACCAGGCCUUAAAUAGAGCCGGUGGUAAGGCAGGAAACAAAGGCGCAGAAGCUGCUCUUACAGCUAUUGAGAUGGCUUCACUGUGCAAGCACCAACUACCAAAGUGAUGAUUGAUGAUGCAUCCAUCAGAUACAACUCUUUUUAUAUUCAUUUCACAAUGAUGUUUCUUUCGAUCGAUAAAGUUCCGUUAGAGAUCUACCUCUCCGCAUUAUGCUGGAUGAAACAGGCAUUCAUUGGAAACACUACUUUGUAGCUUAUGUUUCGAGGCAACUUGUUCGUUACGGCUAAAUCUCACUUUGCGCUUA